CUUUCGAGAAAGGACACAUUCAGGGAAGUAGAGUUUUAAAUUUCCAUUAUUGGGGAGAAGAGAUUCAGGGGCUUGAGGUUCAGGCAUUUGGGAAGUUCGGGUUCGGAAUUCUGAGGGUUAGAGAGAGAGAGAGGGAUGGCGGACAUGGUGUCUCAGAAAUCAUGGGAAGAGUUCCUGAGGAAGAUGCUUCCUCCUGGUGCCAUCUUGCCCGACUAUGACCAUCUGGACUACUCCAUCGCCCUCGAAUACGAAGGGCCACCUCUCGCCUGCGACCUCCCUCAGGUCGCGCCGGUCGACCUUCGUUUCGUCAGUGUCACGCUUCCGGCGUCCCCGACGGUUGAUUCCUCCCUGCCCGUCCCUGUAGUGGAGCCACUCCCUCUCCGUGUUACUCGUUUUAAUCGCUCCAACCGUGCCCAUUGCCAACCUAUAGACGCAAAUCAGGCGACCCCUCCUCCAAGAAAACCGCGUGAUCGUCGUUCCGACGACUCUACUCCUGCUGUGCCUUGUAAUGUGCGUAAAGUUGGCAAUGGCGUCAUUGGUUCGAAUGAUAGAGAUGCAAAGAAUUCAGAUGCGGUAACCCCACAAUUGGCAUCGGACGACCGCGACCAUAAAGUGUCGAAUCACCUUCCUACUUCGUCUGCUUCUAGUUAUGGAGUUUCUUCCUCAGACUGCAAGUCGGCAGCUCCGGAAACAGGGGACUCCUGCAACGGAACCGUGUUAUCCGAGAGAGUGAGUCACGACUUGGAGAGCUCGGAUGAUGUUUCUGCGAUUGCUGCUUCUAUUUCGUGUUCUGUCGGGCUGAAAAACAUCUGUAAGUCGGGUUUAGAACCAGAGGAUUCUGACAGAAGAACUGUCCUCUCGGAACCAGAGGAAAAUUGUGCUGUUUCAAGUUUGAAAGGUAUUGGAUCAUCUUCUUUGCCUGAUUCUGGAACUGAUUGUUCUAGUCAUCACUCUCAGUCGAUGGGAGUGGAAGCAAAAAUUCCCCAUGAAGCCUCUGUUUCUGAAACAAAAGAUGAUGAAAAUAGUUCGGACCAUGUUGGACCAUCCAACUUGCGCGCUUCUAUACCAGGUCACUCUGAGGAAGUAGAAAUGGAGGCAUCAGAUAAGGCCAUCUCCACCCGCAACUCUGAUGACGAACAUGAAUCGGCUUUGGGGUCGAAGAGGCUUCACUCUGUUGUUUCAUCCCCAUCUUCAGUGGAUGAGCGUACCUCAUUGCCUUUGUGUCCCCCUGCUGCAUCCACAUCUUCCCCGAGCAAUAGAAUGAACCAGAGAGCCAACAGGAGGAGGCGAGUAAUGCCUGUGACGUUCGACACAAUGGACGACUCUGAAGUUGAUGAUUCAGAGUUUUCUCUGUCAAGAACCGUGGAUUCGUCCUCCCACGAAUUCACUGAUGGUGGAUCUCGUCAUCGAGGUGUCUUAUGUAAGCCAAGAAAGAAACACAUCUGUUCCAGGUGCGGGAGAGGAGUUUUCUUCAAGGGAACGUUGUCCUGCUUGGCGUGUGGAGCUGGGUACUGUGGCAACUGUGUACUCAGGGCCAUGGGUUCAAUGCCUGAAGGAAGGAAGUGCAUUACUUGCAUUGGGCAACCAAUUGAUGAAUCAAAAAGGUCGAGGCUUGGCAGACCUUCGAGAUUGUUGCAUCAGCUUUACUGUCCUUUGGAGAUCAAGCAAAUCAUGAAGGCAGAGAUUGAGUGCCCUUCCAAUCAACUGCGUUCCGAGCAGAUCAUUGUCAACGACAGGCCACUUAGUCGAGAAGAAUUGGCGGAGUUGCAGGGCUGCCCCAUACCCCCAAGAAGGUUGAAGCCAGGGAGAUACUGGUACGACAAGGACUCAGGGUUCUGGGGAAAGGAGGGUAGAAAGCCUGAUAUGAUCAUAAGUUCUAAGUUGACUAUUGGAGGAAAACUCCAGGCAAAGGCGAGCAAUGGGAACACUGAAGUUUACUUCAACGGCCGAGAAAUUACAAAGGAAGAACGAAAAGUGCUACAAUGGGCCAAGAUACAAUGCCCUCCGGGAACCAUCUUUUGGCUAUCUGACGAUGGCUCCAUUGUAGAAGAAGGUCAGAAAAAUCUUAGAGGCAAAAUCUGGGAGAAGGCACAGACUCGUCUUUUGUGUUCGCUUUUAUCGCUGCCAGUGCCCCAUGUUAAAACAGCUAAGGAUGCAUCUAUUUUUCCUAGACCUGUGCCAAAGUAUUUAGAGGAAAGGAAAACUCAAAGACUUCUCUUACUUGGACCUCAAGGCUCAGGAACUACCACCAUUUUUAAACAGGCAAAGUAUUUGUUUGAUACAUUCUCUCAAGAAGCGUUAGUGGAUAUGAAGUUCCUAAUUCAAAGUGACAUCUACAAGUACCUGGGUGUUUUGUUUGAGGCAAGAGAGCGUUUUGAGGAGGAAUUCUUCUUCGAGAAUCAAACAGCUUCACAGGAUCAUUUAGGGGGAGAUGAAGCAAUAAAGAUUUCUUCCUUAUAUUCAUUAAACACCAGACUCAAGCACUUUUCUGACUGGCUUCUGGAUACCAUUUCUACGGGAAAUUUUGAUGCAUUUUUUCCUGCUGCAAGUCGUGAACAUGCCUCAAGUUUGGUUGAUGCCUGGAAUGAUCCUGCAAUUCAGGAGACAUACAAGCGGAAGGAUGAAGUGCAUGCUCUUCCUGAUGUUGCUAAUUACUUUCUAGACAAGGCAAUGGAAAUAUCAAGAAAUGACUAUGAACCUUCAGAGAUGGAUAUCUUGUAUGCUGAUGGAUUGUCUCUUGGUGAUGGUCUUGCAUCUAUGGAUUUCUUAUUAGAAGAUAAAAGCCAAAUUUCAGUGUCACUUGAUGGGAACCAUGAAUCAUCCUCACCACUGACAAAGUACCAACUAAUUAGACUGAAUUCCAAUGCGUUGGGUGAAGGAUGCAAAUGGCUAGAAAUGUUUGAAGAUAUGCGUGCGGUGAUAUUCUGUGUUUCACUGAGUGACUAUGACCAAGUGGUAGCUGCAGGGAACUCGUCUCCUCCACAGAACAAGAUGUUGCUAAGCAAGGAGUUGUUUGAAUGCAUGGUUCGGCAUUCUUCUUUUGAAGACACUCCGUUUGUGCUCGUCCUCAAUAAGUUUGAUGUCUUUGAGGGAAAAAUCAAUACUGUCCCACUCACAGUAUGUGAAUGGUUUAAGGACUUUAGACCCGUGAGAUCAAGUUAUGCUAAAGUUGCAAAUCAAGCAUAUUUCUACGUAGCCAAGCAGUUCAAGAGCCUGUAUAGUGAACACAGUAACCGCAAGCUGUUUGUGUGGCAAGGCAAUGCCAGGCAAAGGAGCAACAUUGAUGAAGCUUUCAAAUUCAUCAAGGAGGUACUCAGAUGGCAUGACGAAAAGGAUAACAGUCACUACAUUGCAGAAGACUCUCAGUACAGCACAGAGGCAACUUCGAUGCCAUGUGUGACACAAGAGUGAAUGUGCUCUAUUAUAGAGCGUAUGGCAAGUGCUUCAGCCUCGAUGCUGAGGUGGGAGGCACACCCAAGGGGUUUUACUACUACUCCCUAAUGGGUUUUAGCUUGCCUCUUUCAACUGGUUCCGGGAAGGAAAAAAGAAAAAAAAAAGGCCUCAACCAGCGCAAACAAGUGCUGGUUAUUUGAAGAUCUUUGGCAGAAAAUCCUGGCUUGCAUUUUAGCUCAUUUUAAGUGGCCAGGGCGGCCAUGAGUAUAAACACAUGGUUGAUGUUGUGAUAUGUGGUUAUUGCAAGUUUCUGCAUUAUGGUCACUGUGAUUUAGGCAAUUGAAAUGAGAUUGAGGUUUUGCUCUGCUUGUCUAACGGGUGCAAGCCUCCUUUCUCUUCUUCUUCUCUGGAGUCUGGAUCUUAUCCUUUUAUCUGUUAUCUACAUGGGCUUUGGAAACCUAGCUAGAUGGGACAGCUUAAGCAAUUCUUGCCAAAGGACGUAAGAGUUUAAUAUCCUUGUAACACUUCUUGCUGCUUAUUCAAGAAAUGUGGGUGUCACUCCCUUGCACAAAUUGAUACGCACGAUGUUGUCAAUGUCGGUUUUGAACCAGUACUGCUUAUUGGUC